AUGGCGUCUAGAUCACGAAAAGGUUUGAGAAACCAUGGUGGUUUGGUUGGUCUCAGAUGUGAAGGGUCACAGGAAAAAGAAUAUGAUGAUGGGUAUUAUAUGAGGAGGUGUGUAGAGCUUGCUCGGAAGGCUGUUGGGUGUACCAGCCCUAAUCCUAUGGUUGGAUGCCUCAUUGUGAAAGAUGGAAAGAUUGUUGGUGAAGGGUUUCACCCAAAAGCUGGGCAGCCCCAUGGCGAGUCCAACCAAUUGCUUUGCCACCAAUCAGUGCUGCUUCUGCCAGCCAAUUACUACCUUUGUGGGCUAUUGGCGAUGCUAACGCCAAUAUUAGCAGCAACACCAAGCGUAGAUGUUUUUGCUUUGAGAGAUGCAGGAAAUGUUGCUGAGAAUGGGACUGCAUAUGUUAGCUUGGAACCAUGUAAUCAUUAUGGGAGGACACCUCCGUGCACUGAAGCACUUAUAAAAGCCAAAGUGAAAAAGGUGGUCAUUGGGAUGGUGGAUCCAAACCCAAUUGUGGCUUCAAAAGGGGUGGAUAGACUACGAGAUGCAGGGAUUGAUGUGACUGUUGGUGUUGAGGAGGAAUUGUGCAAUAAGCUUAAUGAAGCAUAUAUCCAUCAAAUGCUUACAGGAAAGCCCUUUCUUACGCUGAGAUACUCUCUUUCAGUUGAUGGCCAUUUUUCUGAUCAGCUUGGUGAAGAAGUAGCGGAGUGUGGAGGAUACUACUCAACAUUGUUGCAAGAAUAUGAUGCUAUAAUACUGUCUCACAACUCAUUAAAUUCUUCCUUUCCUGCCUCUAAAGAACCUGGGGCGAAUCAACCUCUCAAGAUUGUAGUAGCCGAAAGUCCUACUUUCCCUAUUCAAAUUCCUGUUGUCAACACCGAAACUUCUAAAGUAGUAAUCUUCACGGACAAAGAGGCAGCUGUUGAACCUGAAGCAGCUCAAAAUGGAAUUGAAACAGUGGUUUUGGAAAGGUUAAAUUUGACUACCAUUCUUGAAUAUUGUAAGCGUCAAGGACUAUGCAGUGUUUUGUUGGAUUUAAGAGGAAAGUCUGGUGGUUUUGAAGAGAUCUUGAGAGAGGGUUUUGAGCAGAAUCUAGUUCAGAAGGUUGUGGUGGAAGUGCUGCCAAUUUGGGGUGGAAGUACAGAAGAGGCAUUGCCUGUGGAAUUAAAGAACCUGCAGCGAAGUUUGAAGAAUUUAACUUCUAGGAAAUCAGGUGAGAGUGUCUUACUGGAGGGAUACUUUUGA